UGUGUCUGUGGUGCACUCUGCCUCGCUCCGUUACGCUCAUUGUCCACAGAGUCUCUCCUCCGACGUUGCCGAAGCCUGUUCAAAUCCCUCGAACUCACAUAUUACCCCUUCCGUUGCUCCCUUGAAUCCUCCGCCCAGGCUCUGCUGCUUCCUCCCCUUCCCCCCUUCCCUGCAGAUUGGCGUCGCCUCGCGGGCUCGUGUUGAGCCUUUGUAGAUCGCCGCACAGCUCCGAGUCAUGGCUUUGCCAGGGCAGCAAACCCCCGACAACUGCCCAAGCUUUAAGCUCGUCAUUGUCGGAGACGGAGGCACAGGAAAGACCACCUUUGUGAAGCGUCAUUUGACUGGUGAAUUCGAAAAAAGAUACGAACCUACCAUCGGUGUGGAGGUUCACCCACUUGACUUCUUCACCAACUGCGGGCGUAUCCGAUUUUACUGCUGGGAUACCGCUGGACAAGAGAAAUUUGGAGGGCUUCGUGAUGGCUACUACAUUCACGGUCAAUGUGCCAUCAUCAUGUUCGAUGUUACUGCUCGGCUUACGUAUAAGAACGUCCCGACAUGGCAUCGUGACCUUUGCAGGGUGUGUGAGAACAUCCCCAUCGUGCUGUGCGGGAACAAGGUGGACGUGAAGAACAGGCAGGUGAAAGCGAAGCAAGUAACUUUCCACAGGAAAAAGAACCUGCAAUACUACGAGAUUUCUGCGAAGUCUAACUACAACUUCGAGAAGCCCUUUCUAUAUCUUGCUAGAAAGCUUGCCGGUGACGUAAACCUGCAUUUUGUGGAGUCUCCUGCACUGGCUCCUCCUGAAGUUCAUAUCGACAUUGCGCAACAGGCCCAAUACGAGGCAGAACUUGCUCAAGCUCAGGCUUUGCCUCUUCCCGACGACGACGAUGAAGCCUUUGACAAUUAGAUAUUAGUGGUGGUGACCCAGCCUAACGUGAGAUGGAGGAAAGGAAAGGGGCUGGAAUGCAUUGAAUUUUGUACUCCUGUACGGAUAUUGUUUCGGAUAGUGCCAGUUUGGUGUUUUAGAAAUAUAAAUAUUACGGUUUACUGUUCCUUAUUCCGGCUGAUCAUUUGUUACUUUUUCAAGUGGCUCUGUUGAUGCAGCAUGGUCGAUUAGUAUCAUGGCCGAACGUCGAAGUACUCCUUCAAACACUCAUGAAUCUUGGCAGUACGCUAUUGUUAAAUCAAUGUUAUGAGAAUGUAAUAGGAAGGCAAACUCACAACACGUAACAUGAAUCUUCGUCUCACACA